AUGUUCAUGAUAACUAGUGUUGAACUUUAUGUGCCCUUCAAUUCUGGUGAAUUGGGUAAAUCAGAGCACGACAUGUCUCGAAGACACGGACCCAUUCAGAUCCCGCCCAUCGAUAAUAAAGUGCAAGUCUUCUCCGAUUCUGAUGUUUCACUUCACGGAAUGUCUAGUAUUUGGGGAAAGUCUGUCACUUUGAGGGACACGAGUAAUAGUGAACACAGAGCCUGUUCUAACAUCUUUACCACCGAAGCCGUGAAGACUGCUUUGGCCACAUUCACAGACACUAUCGCCGGAACCGUUCUGUUCAGAGAGAACCAAAGAGGAGAGACUUUAAUAUUUACUAAUCUUUAUAAUACUGGCAAUGAAUAUAAGUCCACCUCAAGGAAUGAAUGGAAAGUUUUGGUAACCGAUAUCUUUGAUACAAAACGUGACCGAAAGUGCGAGUAUUUGCAGACAGUUUUGGACCCAAACAAUGUGGAAGACAUUCAUUGCUCCGCAACUGAACACCAAAUGUGCAAAAUUGGAGACUUGACUCGAAAGCACGGAAUGGCUGUCAUUGGCUCUAAUAAUAACAGAUAUUCAAAGAAGAUAUCUAUUGAUCUUAAUUUUCCUCUCACAACACUCGAGUCCAGUCGUGGAAUAUAUGUAUCAAUAUAUGACAAAAGUAGUGCCAAACGUGUCAUGAGUUGUGCGAAAGUGGAACUAAUAGAAGCUCGAGAAGUGAAGGCCAUCUUCUCUAUGGAUGGAGUGAAGGGUUCAAUUCAUUUUAGUCAGAGUUAUCGAACGGAUCCAACGGUUGUCACCAUUUCAUUGAGUAAUUUACGGGGAAGAGGAAAGUGGUAUCACAUCCAUGAACUUCCACUACCUAUCCAUCAGAAAAGUGAUGAUCAGCUCUGUUCCGCUCAAUCGGUUGGCGGACAUCACAACCCAUUUGGAACCGACAGCAAAUCGGGCCCCGAAGCGGGUGUAGGAACUAGUGAUGAGUACGAAGUGGGAGAUCUGAGUGGAAAAUACGGUCCUUUAAGUGAAGAACAGGAUAUGGAGAAGUUUUGGGGUGUUUUUGUUGAUUUAAAUUUACCACUUUUUGGGAUCAAUUCUAUUGUGGGCCGUUCUGUUGUCAUCCAUAGAGGCUCAGGCGAGCGUUGGAUCUGUGCCAACAUUGGAUAUCCCGGUCCUAUUACUACAGCUGUGACCACUUUCUUCUAUCCAAUUGUAGGAACUGUUGUUUUUCGUCAACUCAAAGAUAAUCCAUUGUCCGAAACAACAGUAUUAGCAGAACUAAGUUAUUCAGACGGCAGCGUAAACACUACAACGGGUCAUAACUGGCACAUCCAUAUUAAUGAACACAACAGAGACUUUUAUAACUGGAGUAAACGGUGUGAGAGCGCCGGUCAACACUUUAAUCCAUUUAAUGUGGGACUCGGCAGGACUUAUAAUACUUUAUGCAGUAAUGAAAACCAGUUUCGCUGCGAAGUUGGAGAUCUGUCUUCAAAAUCUAAUAAGAAAUUAACGAUUGCUUCUUAUAGAGGAAGUGCUAAUAAUAAACUCUUCUAUACGGACACACUUUUACCACUAUCUGGGCCUCAAUUGCACUCUAUUAUUGGUCGGUCUCUUGUAAUACACGACGACUCGGGUCCCCAACAAAGAGGCGAUAGACUCGGAUGUGCUGUCAUUCGAAUUCUACACUCAAUGACAGCCGCUGUUAGGAAUUGGAGAACCAGUUCUGGCAUUACGUCCAAUAUAUCGGGUUCAGUGGUUUUGCAUCAGGAGAGCCCAUACGAUGAAACCAAUAUUAAGUUAGAUCUUCACGGACUUCAUGGCCUGGCUUCUGGAUAUCACAUUCACAAAGUUUGGGUUCCAAUGGACAAAGAAUUUCCCUGUUCUAGUGAUGCAGUCUAUGGACACUACAAUCCAUUUGCUGUGGAUGUGUCUGUCGGACCAUUUCCCCAAAUUGGUUCCGUAGAUGAGUACGAAAUGGGAGAUCUGAGUGGCAAGUUUGGUCUUCUCGAUGACAAACACAAACAGAGAAUUGAUUUAAUUGAUGUCAAUUUGGGCCUUCGAGGGCACAAUACAGUGAUCGGCCGAUCCAUUGUAAUCCACAAAAAAGAGAAAAACUUUCGUUGGGUUUGCGGAACAAUUAGAGCCGAGGAGAAGAAAGAUAGGGCGCGGGAAACGGUGGCGUUGGCCUCUUUCGAUGACCCGCGACAUCUCAUCUCCGGUUACAUUCGGUUUCGCCAAUUUGAAUACACUGAUGGAAGUCUGAGCGACACAUGGCUUGAUAUUGAUCUGAAAUAUCCCGGACUUAACAAUCGCAACAUAACUACAGGUCAUAAUUGGGCCGUUUUUGUCAGUUCUGUAGGAGAGGACGGUUUUAAUCUAAUAGAUUCUGUCCGGUGUUUGGCUGCGGGCUAUCGUUGGAAUCCUUAUCUAAGCAAAGAUGACAUUGAGAUAUACAAAAGGGAUUGCAAUCCUGCGAACCCACUUCGGUGUGCAAUGGGAGACCUGAGCGGUCGACACGGCUUUCUAUCAGUUGGAAGUGAGAGAAGUGUUAUAUCGGACGUGAAUUUGCCGCUCUCUGGCAACUACUCAGUGAUGGGCCGUUCGCUCAUUAUAUUCAAAAGCAAUGGCGAUGUCAUACCUUUGGGCUGCGCUAACAUCAAACCAGACAUACAUCUUGUAAGCAGUGUUGCCGUCCGUAAGAACCCGGCCUUCACUACCGCCAAAUUCAUGUCUCAUAUGAGAACUUUGCUCAAUACUACUGAUUGGUUGGUUGUGCCCGAUAUCCACUACACCAAAGAUAUCUCCAAUAAUGAAUGCGUUCAGUUGUCGAUCAACUUUUAUGGAUCAGAAGCACAGAAACUGCAACUUGAGUUCAGUAAUCUAAUCAAUUUGGGAACUGUUAAGCGAUCGACGAGAACUGGCAUUCAAUCCGUUUCAACUUUUUACAAGCCCUGCAAAAGUUGUAAUGAACGACAACACAAUCAAUGCCUCAAACCAUAA